AUGUUUCCAAGGGGAUUCUGGCCCGCUGUAGGGACGGAUGAAGGUGCUGGGAGGAUGGCAGAUGGAUUCGAAACCGAAGCAUCUGGACGAAUCGCUGACAGGCCUAACGAAGGAACAUUGGGGACAGCUAAUAAACUGCCCAAACCCCCUACAACGCCCGAGACGAUAUUUCCAAGCGGGUCCGUCCCCGCAGUAGCUCCAGGAACAGCCGGACCUGCAGCUGACGGCGUGAUCACUGGUACGAUGGGUGUUGUUGACGGCACACCGAUCCCUGGCACUGAUGGCACCGCAAGUAUACUCCCGAGGCCCCCUGCUAUGCCCGAUAGAAGUCCACCCAGCGGGUUCUGCGGGCUGCUGAAUCCCGGAAGAGGAGGUAAAAUAACGGAAGAUAGCGGAGGCACCACAGCCAAUGACACUGAAGACAAAGCGGGUGAAAUCAAUGGAGACACUGCGACUGAGGGCAAUGUGAUUGACGGCAACGCGAUUGACGGGAUCGUAACCGAAGGUACCGAUAUGCCCGGAAGACUGACCGAGAGGCUCAACGAUGGUGAGGGCACUGCAAGGACGCUGCCCAGGCCGCCUGCUAAUCCUGACAAGAGGCCACCAAGCGGAUUCUGCACGCCACCCGUUGCAGGAACGGAUGAUGCUCCAGCCGAAGGCGAGUUCAGGGCAGGUACUGAGAGACUCGGCAACGAAAGUGUGGGUAUCGCCACGGUAGGGAUCGAGACGCUCGGGUUUUGGACUCCCGCGAUCGAAGAAAUGGGUAUCGAGAUUGCAGGUAAAGCGACGCUGAGGACUGGAAUGACGGGGAGCGAGAGGGCUGGUAUCGAGAUCCCAGGGAGUGAGACGCCGGGAACAGAAAGACUAGGGGUUGGAAGCGAAGGAGAAAGAACCGGCAGUCCAGGGGCCGAAAAAGCAGACGCUGGAACUGAGAUCCCUGGGAUGGAAGGAGCAGGUGCCGAGAUUGCAGGCAGAGAGGGGACAGGUAGCGAAGGAGCAGGUAUUGAGAUUGCAGGAAUUGAAAGAGAUACUCCGGGGACUGAUAGAGUAGGUACCGCAAUAGACACUGCGGGAAUAGAAAGGGCCGGCAAUGAUAUGCUAGGUAGCGCGACACUCGGAGCUGAGAUAACGGGGAGUGAGGGAGCUGGGAUUGAUAGCCCAGGUAGCGAGAGGUCUGGCAGCGAAGGCGCAGGUAUCGAUACUCCCGGUACCGAUAUAGACACUGCGGGGGUUGAGAGAGCAGGUACUGCGACUGAUACCGCGGGGGCAGAAAGAGCAGGCAGCGAAACACUUGGUAGCACCAGGCUAGGUAUCGAGAUAACAGGCAGUGAUAUGACUGGAACGCCCACUGAAAUGCCCGAGGAUAGUGAGGGUGCCGGAAUGAUACCGCCUCCACCUGCAGCGAAGCUCGAUACAGUCACACCACCCCCUGUUAGGAACGAUGCGACGCCGCCAAGAGGAUUUUGA